AUGGGCACUGACAAAACUGUCUCCAGUGGAUGUGGAGACGACGGUGGGUGUGGUGGUGGUGGCGGCGGCGAAGGUGAAGUGGUGGUGGUGGGAGUGAAAUUUGAUGGACAAAGUAGAGAACUUUUGACAUGGUCACUAAUGAAAAUGGCACAGCCUGGUGACCGUGUCAUUGCUGUUCAUGUUCUUGAUUCGGCAACUGAAUGUAUGGCAGGGACUGGAUCACUUCUGUCAUUAGUGAAGACAUUUGAUUCAUUGUUGGCUGUCUAUGAAGGUUUCUGCAACCUAAAGCAGGUAGAUUUGAAGCUAAAAGUGUGUAGAGGUGAAUCAGUGAAGAAAAUUCUGGUAAGGGAAGCAAAAGCAAGUGGUGCUGCUAAGCUGAUUGUGGGAACUUCCAAGUCACAUCAGAAACUGUACUCUUCAACCUCAACAGCUAAGUACUGUGCUAAAAAAUUGUCGAAAGGUUUUUCUGUCUACGCAGUUAAGAAUGGCAAAAUCGUGUUCCAGAGAGAAGCAACAGUUGCAAAUAUUGAUCCUUUACAAGAUAAAUUGAACCAAGAAAGUCGAAAUUGCUCUAAAAAAUCUCAGAAUAAGAACUCUCUAAAUUGUACUCCACGCUUGCUAUUGCCAGAUGAUUCUGGAGCACAAUUAUUGGAGGAGUCAUGUAGGAAUGGCAAUAAUGAUAACUCAUUGGCUUUGGUACCAUUUGAAACGAGCAGGACACCAUCAAAUUCAGAUUCCAAUGUGAGUGAAGGAUUGGUCGAGUCAAAACAGGGUUGGUCAUUUCUUCGUCGAGUAUUUUUCCCUAAGCAGCAGCCCACAGAGAAAGCUCAUAUGAAAAAGAUGUCUGUGGUUAAAUGGGUGUUUAGGUUACCCACGAGUAAUUCUUCAUCUGUGGUGUAUCCAGAUCAAAAACAGAAUAUUUCACACAUGGAUGGAGAUCAAAACUCGAACUUAGAAGGAGAGAAAUCUGCAAUAGUGCCUGUGGGGCCUGAGGUUGCUUGGACUCCUAUUUCUCCAUGCCAUGGCUUAAAUGGCAUUCCAGAAGAGUUGAAAGAUCUGCAUGAAAAAUACUCAUCGUCCUGUAGAUUAUUCAGCUAUGAGGAACUUGUGAUGGCUACCUCAAACUUUAUUCCUGAUAAUAUGGUAGGCAAGGGUGGUAGUAGUCAUGUUUACAAAGGGUGCAUUCCUGAUGGCAAGGAAUUGGCAGUGAAAAUUUUAAAGCCAUCUCAAGACGUAUUAAAAGAGUUUGUCUCAGAAAUUGAAAUCAUUACAACUUUACAUCACAAGAACAUAAUCUCUCUAUUUGGGUUCUGUUUUGAGGACAACAAAUUACUCUUGGUUUAUGACUUUUUAUCAAGAGGAAGCCUAGAAGAGAAUCUACAUGGUGAUAAGAAAGAUGGCAAUGCACUUGAUGAUUUUGAGCCACAGCUGUCAGAUUUUGGACUGGCUAGCUGGGCUUCUACUUCAUGCCAUACAACAUGCACUGAUGUUGCAGGAACCUUUGGUUACUUGGCUCCAGAAUAUUUCAUGCAUGGAAAAGUGAGUGAUAAAGUGGACGUAUUUGCAUUUGGGGUUGUGCUCCUUGAGCUUCUCUCUGGUAGAAUGCCAAUUAACGGUGAAAAUCUGAAAGGCCGCGAGAGCCUUGUCAUGUGGGCAAAACCAAUUCUAGAAGGUGGUAAAGUUUCCCAAUUACUAGAUCCACAUAUUGGCAGGGAGUAUGAUGAUGAUCACAUUGAAAGAAUGAUACUAGCUGCUACCCUUUGCAUCAGACGUUCUCCUAGAUGUCGUCCACAAAUGAGCCUUGUUUUGAAGCUCCUCAAAGGGGAUGAAGAAGUGAAAAAUUGGGCAAAGCGUCAAGUUUGUGCAACAGAAGAACUCGAUGCUGUGGAUGGUGAAGCAUUUCCUAUCAAUAUCCAAUCCCAUCUGAACAUUGCGCUACUAGAUUUAGAGGAUGAUUCUCUUUCUAUCAGCAGCACUGAGCAAGGUGUAUCAAUAGAAGAUUACUUGCAAGGGAGAUGGAGCCGCACAUCAAGCUUUGACUAA